CGCCGUACGUGCUCACUCUCCCUUGCUGGCGAUGAGGCACAAGAGCCUUGCGUCCGGAAGCGUUGGCGCCGGGGCGAAUGCAUAGGGUCGAGUCGUGCUGACAUGCCGUUUCUUUCCUCACAGAAUUCGUGCUUCGAGACGGCGUCGCCGCAGAUCGGCUGCGCGGUUACGGACCAGAGCUGCCAGUGUGCCAAGUCCAAGGAGCUGCGCGAGAAGGUCACGCCCUGCGUCACGACGUCUUGCUCUCUUGAGGAUGCAAUCAGUGAGUGACCCGAUGCACUCACCCUUUUUUCUGACCCCCCUUUGUGCAAUUGCGAGGGAAAGCCCGUCUUUCGUUUUCUGCCUUCAUACCAGGCUGACCAAUGCUUCUUAUUCCUUGACAGAGGUGAACGACGUCACCGG